UCUCAGGUGGGAAAGGCGACCUUGGGAAUUGCGGAAUCCUCGCAGUACGCGCAACCAGGAGGCCGGAUCACAAGCUGUGAUGCUCAGCACUUGUGUGUGCACUGCGCCGAUGCUCGCGAGUGCGGCUUUCUGAUCGCUUCGUCGUGGAAUCAAACGCAGCCAUCUCGCCGCCGCCGGUACUAGCAUGCAAUCGGCUGAACUGCUCACGAGGCCGUGGAUCGUCCACGUGGCAGCAUCUACAAGCGCAGCCCUGUGCCACAUCAGCACCCGCUCCUUCCAUCUCCUCCAACCUGCUCUCCGGCCGUCCCCUCCCUCGGUUCGAUCUCGGCCGUUGAUUCUGUUCAGUUCCCAUAUCACGGCCUCUGCUAGUAGCACCAGAAACAUUGGAAGCAUGAGCAUCAGCAGAGGCGUUGGCAGCAGCAGCGGCACAGCAGCAGCGGGUUUAGGAGGCCGGUUCUGCCGUCAGCAGUCGCCCACGUGCUCAUCAGUAUCGUUGCUAGAGGGCUUUCAAAGAAACCUUCGCUGCCAAGAGCACAUGAGGGGGAGACAGCCGCUGGGGAGGUUUCAGGGGUUAGGGUUUACCAGGGUUCAGAGUGCAGGGUUUAGCAGGAGAGCUACCAAUUGCAUGGUAAUCCCCCUAGCAGCGGCGCUAGGCCCAACAGGCAACCAUCCUCUAGCGGCAGCUGGUACUGUUAAACCCUUGCUGACUCGCAAGCUGACCUCCUUCUCGUUCUCUAGCAGCUCACGCUCCCCCAAGGACUUAGAUAGUAGGAGGGACUUGGAUAGUAGGAGAGAUGGACAGCAGGAUGGGCAGCGGCAGGGGCAAGGGCAGGGGCAGGGGCAGCAGGGGCAGGUGCGGGUGCAGGCUGGAGGGGAGGAAGGAGUGGAGGUGGAGAGUGGGAUUGAGAGUGGGCUGGAGAGCGGGCUUGAGAGCGGGCUGGAGAGCGGGCUGGAGAGCGGGAAUGAGAGUGGAACCGAGAGUGGUAGUGAGGGAGGGAAGGGGAGAGGGCCAGGGAAUGGGAACGGCAACGGAGCGGUGCUGGCAGCAGGAAAGGUGGUGGAGGUGGAGCUGCAUGAGGAGGCGGUGCAGUCCUACGUGACGUACGCCAUGUCCGUCAUCGUGGGGCGCGCUCUGCCUGACGCCCGGGACGGCCUCAAGCCAGUGCACCGCCGCAUACUCUACGCCAUGCAUGAGCUGGGUCUGGCGUCGUCCAAGCCUUUCCGCAAGUCGGCUAGAGUUGUGGGAGAGGUCCUAGGGCGCUUUCACCCACAUGGAGACACCGCCGUCUAUGACGCUCUCGUGCGCAUGGCGCAGGACUUCUCCCUGCGCGCCCCGCUGGUGCACGGCCAUGGCAACUUUGGGUCCGUGGAUGCCGACCCCGCUGCUGCGAUGCGAUACACCGAGUGCAGACUGCAGCCUCUCACAGAGAAAAUGCUCCUGGAAGACAUCCGCAGUGACACGGUUGACUAUGCUCCCAACUUUGACGCGUCAACCAACGAGCCGACGGUGCUUCCUGCCCGAGUCCCGGUGCUCCUACUCAACGGCUCUCAAGGCAUUGCGGUGGGUAUGGCCACUAACAUCCCUCCCCACAAUCUAUCGGAGCUGGUGGACGCCCUCUCAGCGUUCAUUGACAACCCCUCAAUCUCCACAGAAGACCUCAUGCUGAUCUGCCAGGGACCAGACUUCCCCACCGGAGGCGUCAUUUUGGGCACUUCUGGCAUGGAGGAGGCGUACCGCACGGGAAGGGGGUCGAUCGUGGUGCGGGGGAGGGCGUAUGUGGAAGAGCUGGGAGGAGGGGGCGCAGGGAGCAGGGGCAACCGUCUGGGGAUUGUGAUUACCGAGUUGCCAUACCAGACAAACAAGGCUGCUUUAGUCGAAAAAAUCGCCGAGCUGGUGAACAGCAAGGUGGUGGAGGGGGUGAGUGACAUCCGCGAUGAGAGCGACCGGUCGGGCAUGCGGGUGGUGGUGGAGGUCAAAAGGGGCGCCACCCCCAUGGCUGUGCUCGCGUCCCUGUACAAGCACACGCAGCUGCAGACGAGAUUCAACUGCAACCUCGUGGGGGGGAGGAAGAGAAUGAGGAGGAGGGGGGGGAAGGGGGCGCGGAGGAGGAGGACGAGGCUGAGAAGGAGGAGGAGGAGGAGGAGGAGGAGGAGGAGGAGGAGGAGGAGGGGAGGAGGAGGAGGAGGAGGAGGAGGAGGAGGAGGAGGAGGAGGAGGAGGAGGAGGAGGAGGAGGAGGGGAGGAGGAGGAGGAGGAGGAGGAGGAGGAGGAGGAGGAGGAGGAGGAGGAGGAGGAGGAGGAGGAGGAGGAGGAGGAGGGAGGAGGAGGAGGAGGAGGAGGAGGAGGAGGAGGAGGAGGAGGAGGAGGAGGAGGAGGAGGAGGAGGAGGAGGAGGAGGAGGAGGAGGAGGAGGAGGAGGAGGAGGAGGAGGAGGAGGAGGAGGAGGAGGAGGAGGAGGAGGAGGCCUGCACACGUGGUUCAACUGCAACCUUGUGGGGCUGGUCAAUGGCGAGCCCAAGGAGAUGACCCUCAGAGACUUCUUUCAGGUCUUCCUUGACUUCCGCUGCCAGGUCAUCGAGCGCCGAACCACAUUCCAGCUUCGGAAGGCGGAGGACCGGGACCACUAUGUACAGGGCCUGCUGAUUGGUCUAGGGAGCUUGGAUCGCCUGGUGGACAUCCUUAAGGCGGCUGCCACUCCGGCUGAUGCUGCUGAAACCCUUAAGCAAGCCCUUGGUUUAUCCCCUAUACAGGCUGAUGCUCUUCUCAGCACACCACUCCGGCGCCUCACAUCUCUUGAAGUGUCCAAGCUCGAGGAGGAGCACGCUCGUCUAAAGGGCGACAUUGCGGAUCUGCAGGACCUGCUGGCGAGCAGAAAGAGGGUUCUGCAGACGGUGAAACGGGAGGCGAUGGCUCUGAAGGAGGAGUUUGGCGGGCCGAGGAGGACCAGGAUCGAGGCGGACGGCUCUGCUGCCGACCUGGAUCCGUCUGACGUCAUUCCCAAUGGCACUGUGCUGCUGAACCUGAGCGAGCGCGGGUACGUGAAGCGCAUGGCAGCGGACACCUUUUCAGCGCAGAAGAGAGGCACUGCGGGGAAGUCGGGCGGGAAGCUGAAGGCCGAUGAUGCCAUGGCGCGAUUCGUGGUGUGCCGCACCCACGACACCGUGCUCUUCUUCAGUGACCGCGGAGUGGCUUACACCAUGAAAGGGUACCAAAUCCCGGAGGGCUCCCGCACUGCCAUUGGCUCUCCGAUCUCCCAGAUCGUUCCGCUGCAAGACUCAGAGCGCAUCACAUCAAUGCUGCCGGUGGGCAACUUCUCAGAAGAAGCCUACCUGGUGAUGAUGACUCGAGGGGGGUUCAUCAAGCGCACUGCUCUGCAUGCUUUCAGCGACACACGGAAGAGCGGGCUCAUCGCCAUUCAGCUGGGAGAGGGCGAUGAGCUGGCAUGGGUGCGGAGAGCGACAGCUGGCGACUCGCUAUUGGUCGGCUCGCAGUCCGGCAAUAUCGUUCGAUUCGCGUGCGAUGACGACCAGCUGCGCCAGAGUGGGCGGACAGCGAGGGGAGUGAGGGCCAUGCGGCUGAGGGAGGGGGACACUGUAGCGGCUCUGGAGAUCGUGCCAGGUGUCGCGUCGGAGUCCAAGGACGGCGGGCCGUGGGUGGUGAUGGCCACUCGCAAUGGGCUGGGCAAGCGCGUGCCAACGACCUUGUUUGCCAACCAGAAGAGGGGAGGGGUGGGGGUGAAGGGCAUCAAGGGCAAGGUGACCAUAUGAGGACAAGGUGACUACAUGGGGGCAAGGUCAUAUUGGGGCAAGGUGUCCAUAUGGGCUUCAAGCAUGUGUGUGGGGGUCGAAAAUUUUGACUGGAAUUCAAAGAAUGCCUCCGGACAUUAUUCCAGUGAGCGCAGUUAGGAAGACGGUUGAGUAAGUGGACUCCUCACGGGGGUCGAAGGUGUGUCUCGAAUUCAAAGGAUGCAUAUGAAACAACCAUGCGUGAGGGGUCUAUUUUUGAGGUGCCUCAAAGGAUGCUUGUGAAAGAACCAUGCGUGAGGAGUCUAUUUUUGAGGCGCCUCAAAGGGUGCCUGCGAAAGAACCAUGCGUGAGGAGUCUAUUUUUUAGGCGCCUCAAAGGAUGCCUGUAAAAGAAACAUGCGCGACGGGUAUAUUUUUUAGCCGCCUCAAAGAAUGCCUGUGAAAGAACCAUGCGUGAGGAGUCUAUUUUUGAGGCGCCUCAAUGGAUGCCUAUGAAAGAACCAUGCGUGAGGAGUCUAUUUUUGAAGGGCCACAAAGGAUGCCUGUGAAAGAACCAUGCGUGAGGAGUCUAUUUUUUAGGCGCCUCAAAGGAUGCCUGUGAAAGGACCAUUCAUGAGGAGUCUAUUUUUUAGGCGCCUCAAAGGAUGCCUGUGAAAGAACCAUGUAUGAGGGGUCUAUUUUUUAGGCACCUCAAAGGAUGC